CUAACAAGCCAACUAACAAAAACGAAGAAGUUUCUCUCUCUCUUCUCUCUCUCUCGGAUUCAUGCGCUCGCGGAGCGAAUUCUUCUGCUUUGGCUUAUCGAAACCCUAGAUUCGCUCCCAUUCUCUUCAGAGGGGAGCGCAGCUUCAGACUUCAGUUAGCUGGCUAGCUUAUGAAAAUGGACGUGGAAGAUAAAUUUAUCGCUAAAGUUUCUGGUGUUCAGAGCCUUUCUUCCAGUGUGCAAAGCACCCCAGAGAAAAAUGGGCAUUCAGAUGACGCAUCAAGAAGUCCAGAACUCCUCCAAGAGUUUCUGAAGUCUGGUCCAAAGAAGGAACUUCUUCGAACAUGCUUUGAUAAGGAAAGGAAAAGCUCAUCAAAAAGGAAAAUGACAGAACUCCACAAGACUAGUAACAAGACAAUUAAGAAGCAAGACUCAAGAAAAGCUUCUUCUAGUUCCAACCUUCAGUCUUCGAGGAAGCAACAACGAAAGGGGGAAAAUCCCAUGCGACUCCCAUCAGCUGCAGACCAGUCUCCAGAUUUUGGACAUAUAAACUCAUGGAUCUGUAAAAAUUCUGCUUGUAGAGCUGUUCUAUCCACAGAUGACACAUUUUGCAAGAGGUGCUCUUGUUGUAUAUGUCACUUAUUUGAUGAUAAUAAGGACCCUAGUCUUUGGUUGGUAUGCACAUCUGAAUCUGGUCAGGGAGACUCCUGUGGGUUAUCUUGUCACAUUGAGUGUGCCCUUCAACGUGAAAGAGUGGGUGUUGUUGAUCUUGGGCAAUUGAUGCAGCUAGAUGGUAGCUAUUGCUGUGCUUCUUGUGGAAAAGUUUCAGGGAUACUUGGAUGUUGGAAGAAGCAGCUAACAAUAGCAAAGGAUGCUCGCCGUGUUGAUGUUCUCUGUUAUAGGAUAUACUUGAGUUCCAGGCUUCUGGAAGGCACAUUCAGGUUUAAAGAACUGCAUGAGAUUGUAAAAGAUGCGAAGGCUAAACUAGAAACUGAAGUGGGCCCAGUUAAUGGGGUAUCUGCCAAGAUGGCACGUGGCAUUGUCAGCAGACUCUCUAUUGCAGGCGAUGUGCAGAAACUCUGUUCUCUUGCAAUUGGGAAAGCAGAUGAAUGGUUGGCCACUGUUUCCAAUGUGAAUACAAAUUGCAGAGAAGAUUCACUUCCUGCUGCUUGCAAGUUCUUUUUUGAAGAAGUAACAUCAUCCUCAGUUGUGAUUAUCUUGAUCGAACUGUCUAAUGCAUCAUCUGAUGAUAUUAAGGGCUACAAGCUUUGGUAUUGCAAAAGUAGAGAGAUACACACAAAAGAGCCCAUAUAUGUUUUUCCAAAAGCUCAGAGAAGGAUAAAAAUCUCAAAUCUGCAGCCCUGCACGGAGUAUACCUUCCGAAUAAUUUCUUAUACGGAGGCUGGUGAUUUGGGUCACUCCGAGGCCAAGUGCUUUACCAAGAGUGUCGAGAUAAUUAGCAAGAAUCCUAAUUCAGCAGUUGUCCUGAACUGUAACAAAGAGAAUCCCAUUGUUGAUGGCAGUUCUUUGAGUGCCAAAAGGGAGCCUAGGAAUACAGCAGAACUUGGUUUUUCUUCUGGAUUUAAGGUUCGAGACCUUGCAAAGAUCCUGCAUUUGGCUUGGGCCCAAGAGGAAGAAUGUUUUGAGGGGUUUUGCAAUCCAGAGGUGGAAAAAUGCUGUGGAGUAAGCGAAGUGAUCAAGCCUGAAGCUCUUGAAGUAGAGCGGUCACCUUUUGUUUCACGUGGGCUUGACUUGAAUGUUGUUUCGGUGCCAGAUUUGAAUGAAGAGCUCACCCCUCCAUUCGAGUCCUCCAGGGAUGAAGAUAACGGAUGCACUUUGCAGCAGGCUGUUGAGGCAGAUGAUGAUGCAGCUUCUCGUGACUUACAGAAGAAUGGUUUAGGUAGAUCACACGGUAGUGGCGACUUGCAGACUUGGAUACAUGGGCCAGCUAUAGAAGUCCCAGCUGUUGAUUCCGGGGCAGAAUUUUGCAGGAAAAGAGCUGCAAACUCUAAUGAAGAGACACAUGAUUGUGAUAGCACUUUGAUAAACGGGUCACCACUCCGAACCUCUAAUGGUUCUUGUUGCUUGGAUGAAAACUUUGAGUACUGUGUGAAGAUAAUCCGAUGGCUGGAAUGUGAGGGUCACAUUAAACAGGAAUUUAGAUUGAAAUUGUUAACAUGGUUUAGCUUGAGAUCAACGGAGCAAGAACGUAGGGUGGUCAACACAUUCAUUCAAACACUGAUUGAUGAUCCUAGUAGCUUAGCAGGACAACUAGUCGACUCCUUUUCAGAUAUUAUAUCCUUCAAGAGGCCACAAAACGAAUUCUGUAGCAUUUUUUCUUAGUCACCGUUGGAAGUUAUUCAUUUAUAUCGCUGGGCAUAGAUUUGAGUUGCUGAUUGUGGGGACAGUUCCUGAUGAUUCCUGGAACGGGGAGGGCCUAGCACUUGAGGUUCGUGCUGUAAAAGGCACUUUCCAUCUCCUAUAUUAUCCUAAUUUACAUUGAAGUAGGAGCAGCAUAGCAUUUACUCAAUCAUGGAUUGGAGGAUAUAUGUAUUAGUUACUUUUGCAUUGCCUUCUUUAAAUCAAAGAAGGGUACAUGAAAUUGAUCCUGGAUUUUACAUCAUUACAUUAUCUUCCUAUUUUUCAUA